AUGGCAACGUUCGUUCGUUUUGCGAACGCGGGUUACUUUUUGGUUCAAAAAAGGCAAAAAGCUAAAGAUUAUCAACUGUGGGAUACGUCAUCUUGGUUAUUAGCAAAUGGUCAUGAGAAUGUCAUGAGAACGUCAGAUACAAUUGAUACAAUUUGA